UUAAAAUGAUGCACCGAAUACAGGGUCAAACAACCUACCUCGCUCUCUCUUUCUCGCUAGCACCCACAUACACAGAUGCCGUUCUCCGGCAACGUUUACAGCCCCGAAGGCGUCUAUCGCUCACCACGACCGCCUGUCUCCUUCCCCACAGAUCCAUGCCUUUCCAUGGUCAGCUUCCUCUUCCGCAACGCCAAAUCUUAUCCUAACCGCCUCGCCAUCGCCGACGUCAACUCCAAUGAAACCCUCACCUUCGCUCAGCUCCGCUCAUCCGUCUACUCCGUUGCCGGUGGACUCCACCGCCUUGGCAUCUCAAAAGGCUCGGUGAUCCUCAUCUUUGCAGGCAACUCCAUCCACUUCGCCGUUUCUUUCUUCGCCAUCAUCGCAUGUGGCGCCAUCGCCACCACCGUCAAUCCUCUCUACACCGCCGCCGAGCUCUCCAAACAAGCUAAAGACUCCGGCGCUAAGUUCAUCUUUACUGUCCCCCAGCUAUGGGACAAGGUCAAAUCUCUUCGCCUCCCCAGCAUUUUUUUUGGCUCAAAGCUUCCCUCCGAAAUGGUCACUUCUGAGGCGCCGAUCCACUAUUUCUCUGAUCUUAUGUCUAUGCCGGAGGCGGAGUACUUUCCGCCUGACAUCAGGCAAUCGGACAUCGCCGCGCUGCUCUACUCGUCCGGCACUACAGGGGUGAACAAAGGGGUCGUGCUGACUCACCGAAACUUUAUCUGCGCCUCUAUGAUGGCUUCUGGGGACCAGGACCUGUUGGGCGACCCACCUAACACUUUUCUUUCUUUCCUUCCUUUGUUCCAUGUAUUUGGGUUGUCGGUCAUUGCUUACGCGCAGUUGCAGAGAGGGAAUAGCUUAGUAUUGAUGGCAAAGUUCGAGAUGGAGGCAAUGCUGCGAUCAAUCGAGAAGUAUAGGGUGAACUAUACUUUUGUUGUCCCGCCAGUUAUGAUUGCUCUAGCGAAGCAAGCCAAAACGGCAAAAUACAAUUUGAGCUCGUUGAAGGUUAUUGGUUCAGGAGCGGCGCCUUUGGGAAAGGAUGUGAUGGAGGAGGUAGCCAAGGCCUUCCCAAGUGCGGAGAUUAUUCAGGGAUAUGGCUUGACUGAGUCUUGCGGAAUUAUUUCACUGGAGUACCCUCAACGAAAGGAUCGCCCAUUUGGUUCAACUGGAUUCCUUUCUGCGGGAGUUGUUGGUAAAGUUAUUAGUGUAGACACUCAAAAGCCUCUUCCUCCCAAUCAGCUUGGAGAGUUAUGCUUUCGAGGACCGAAUAUAAUGCAUGGCUAUUUAAAUAACCCAGAGGCUACUAAAUUAACCUUGGACAGUGAAGGAUGGUUGCACACAGGCGAUCUUGGUUAUUUUGAUGAAAGUGGACAGCUUUUUGUUGUAGAUCGUAUUAAAGAGCUUAUCAAAUAUAAAGGAUUUCAGGUUGCACCUGCUGAACUUGAGGGACUGCUGUUAUCUCAUCCUGAUAUAUUGGAUGCUGUUGUUAUUCCAUUACCUGAUGAUGAAGCUGGUGAGGUUCCUAUAGCAUAUGUUGUUCGCUCCACCAGCAGCUUGCUGACAGAACCUGAAGUACAAAAGUUUAUUGCUAAUCAGGUAGCUCCUUUCAAGAGGUUGAGGAGGGUUACAUUUGUGAACAGUGUGCCCAAGUCUGCUUCUGGUAAAAUCCUGAGGAGGGAGCUCAUUCAGAAGGUGAGAUCAAGUCUGUAAGGAUUGCUGCUAUUCACUUCACUAUUGAAUCAGCGCUGCCAUAUUAGCUGUUCGCAUGUUGUAACAUACUUCCAAAAUUUAUGUUUUUUUUUUCUAUUCUAAAUAUUUGUAUUGAAAGAAAUGAACAAUUCCACUGGGUCACGUACCAAUCAGUAUAAUAAUUGCAACUUCGUUGCAUUGUGAAACAAUGAAUUGUUGUAUCAAAAUUCUCGUCAGUUUGCUAUGUGAAUCGGCUGAGCAUCUACACUUAGAAA